AUGACUACCCUACCAGAAGCCAAUGCCAAACUGGCCACUGACUUUUACCAUCAAAUGAGAAAAGAGCAUCCAUUUGAUAAUCUCUUGUUCUCACCUAUAAAUCUCACCCGUUGUCUUGGCCUGCUUUCCUACGGGUCUAGAGGUAGUACUGCAACUGAACUUGAAAAGGUACUCCACUGGGAUGAACUGAAAGGUUCUGAGAAAGUCAGAAACAAACGAUAUUUGAUAACCCGAAUAAGAACAAGUGCUUCACCAGCAAAGUGUGUUCCAGAUUAUGAAUGUGAAAAUCCUGAAGGCGUCCAUACAGCAUUCAGCAAAAUCCUUGCAGACCUUAACAAACCCAGCACCGAUUAUUUCUUGAGCUUUGCCAACAAGCUGUCUGGAGACUAUGACGUUGCCUUCAUCCAGAAAUUCCUUUUCUGUGCUCUGAAACUGUACUUGACAGAGGUUGGUGGAGUUGAUUUUCAUAAUGCCCCUGAAGAUGUGAGGAGACUGAUAAACCUGUGGGUUGAAGUCCGGUCACAUGGUGAAAUCAAGGAUCUUCUCCCGGAGCACAGCUUGGAUUCUUUGACUCGGUUGCUGAUGGUGAAUGCCCUCUACUUCAGAGGAGUAUGGGAAAUUCAAUUUAACAAAGAGCUCACAAAAGAAGCCCCAUUUUACACAAACGAGAAAACCUCUCAUACUGUGCCCCUGAUGCACACCAGGGGUACCUACAGCACAGGGACAAUUCACCUAAGCAACAUCGAGGUGCAAAUUCUGGAGAUCCCUUACAAAAACCGCGAGAUGAGCAUGUUCAUACUGCUACCCAAAGAUGAAAGUCCUGAAUCCCUUCUACAGCUGGAAGAUGCAAUAGUCCACGCUAAACUGCUUGACUGGUCCCACGAUUUGAAGCCUGAAGAUGUGGAGGUGGCGAUUCCCAAAUUCAGCAUCGAGAAGACGGCUGAGGCAGACAAGUACUUAAAUCUGUCACAAAUCAGCGAUUCGGAAAACUCUGAUUUCUCUGGGGCGACAACCGUCCGCGGGGUGGCUGUGUCUCAGCUGGUCCACGAUACUUUCUUUGAGGUUGCUGAAGAGGGUGGUGAUGAACCUGCAGCAAAGGAAGGCCAGGCCUCUAAGCGUCAACAUCACGAUCCUGUGCAUUUUGUGGCUGACCAUCCUUUCCUUUUCUAUGUUCUUCACAAAAAUACCCAAAGCAUUGUUCUCUUUGGUAGAUUUUGUAAACCAGAGUGA